AUGGCGUCUAAGAAGGUGUCUCUGAACCGCUGUCCGGAUGAGAUAGCUCUCGAGAUCAUUAGCUAUCUAGAUGAUGACUUCACCGCCGUCAAAGCCCUCCGCGCAACCUGCCACAAGUGGGCAGACUUCCUGGAGCCGGGCAUCUUCAAAGAGCUACAUGUGGCAGUGGCGGAGAAUUCCAUAAACAAGCUCAUUGAAGUAGCAAAGGAUGCCUACCUCGCGCCCACUGUGAAGACUUUGGUCUUCCACGAUCCGGUCGCAGAAGACUUGCAGUCACUAGUCAAGAAUUCUCGGGUCGUAGGCCAGGAUGACACUCCUUUAAAAGUGCUAGCAGCACCCGAAGUGCUUAUCUGGUGGAAGAAAUAUCUCCUCCACAACCACAGAAACCAUUCUCAAGUCAACUCGUGGACCAACAGCGCGGUGGCGGAGAACCCCAUCACACGCGUUGCCAGCGACUUCUCUGAUGCUAUUGCAAAGCUCGUGAAUCUCGAGCGCGUCGUUGUCGCAGCGCCCUCUACAACACCGGACCAAGAAGACGGCUUCUGGCGAGCCUACCGGGACCCAAGGAACCCCCAAGGCAUAGAACCUGCGACCAAUUUCCUGCAGUCCACUCGCUACGUACAGCAUGGCACAGUACCACUCUCCGCCCUCCUCCACGCCCUCGUGGUGGCGCCAGCCCAGUUACGACACCUACGGCUAAGCCUUGGAAAGAGUGGAGACGAGUUCUCUUGGGGCCGACCUGACGAUUUCUGGGAUGCGGACAGUCACUGCUCGGAGCAAUUUAAACCUAUAUUCCAGCAACUAAAAACUGUGGAUCUAAGCUCGAAGGAUUACGACGACCCGACCAACGACUAUCGCCAUCCGAUCAAAUACCUACAGCAGUACUUGGGCUGGACGGAGGCAUUGGAGGAGUUGUGUCUGGUUGUUCGAACUGGACACCGGCUUGCAAGCGACAACGAUAUCUUCCUUGCCUUUAAGUGUCCUUGGAAGCGCUUGCGCAAGCUCAGCCUGGAGGUCUACACGAGCGAAAAGACCCUCCUUGGCCUUCUGGAGCCGCUGGCCGGAACACUCAAGUCGCUGAAGCUCCGUGAUUGUUACCUGCAGCCACGAGAUGGCGGAACUUGGGCCACUACAAUCGCCAAGAUGAGUGCCUUGCUCACGUUGAAAACAGUGGAACUCAAGGACCUGCGCGAAAUGGAUCCUGUACCGCGCAUGACGCCUGACGGACUGGUUCACCGCACUCUUGUUUGGAACUGUGAUGACCAGAGAUACGCAGACUAUGUGACGGAGUACAUAGUUUGCGGUAAGGGUACGAACGAAGCUUUCGUGGUGGACCAUGCUGAGUGGCUCCGUUACAACGAAGUCAUUGAAGAAGUGGACGAGUAG